AUUUUAGAUUGCUCAAAUCCAACAUGGUGACUUAUCGAAAGAUGCCAAAUGACAGAUUAGUAGAUCCUUAUAAAAACUGCUAGUAAAGAAAGUUUUAUUGAUCUUGGAAUCUUUCAGUAUGGACUUUGACACGCCUACGUUGUUGUACAAUGAAGAGGAAUAUGGACGAACGCCUAAAAAUCACAAGUCCAUAUUUAUCUAUGAAUGGCUGAGGAAUCUUGAAGACAACAUCCCUGUUGCUUCAAAGGUAUCACUUUGUGAGAUUUAUUUUCAAUUUCAUUUCCUGCAUCUAAAGGUCUUCCCCUUUUCAGUUGCUCUGUAUUUUUAUCACCUAGGCCUUGAUCUUUUUUUAGUGGAACUGUAGAAUACCUGGCCAUUUCAAACAAAAUCAAUACCAGCUGUACUUAAUACCCAUUAAAAGGCUGGACCUGCAGUUUAAAUAUAUAGUGUACAUUGUAGGUCCAAAUGAAAUUCUGGUUAAAACGGUUUCAAGCUAGUUUGGUUGCAUGAAUUUCGUUUUUUUUUUUGUUUCUUUAACCUUGCAGUGAUGAGGUUGAAAUGGCAUGGUAAAUGUACUAUAAUUAUUGUAUUAGACAGCUCUUAUAUCACUUCUUUUCUGUCUUGUCCUCUUACAAAGAGUUUGUCGGGAAAAAUUGCCCUCGAUUGCAGGUCUUAAUAAUUCUCUUAAGGUAAAACUAGUUAAUGAAGGGAUUUCAAGGCUGUGCUCUAGCAGAGCCCGGUGGCCUGUGGCGCCUAACUCUUGUUCUCAGGUGACUAGAAAAUCUUUGCUUUUUCAUAGAAAUCAUAUGCUGGGCACACUGGAUUUCACAAGUUCAGGGCACUGGCUCCCUUCAAUUUUUCUUAGAGCACAGCCUUGGAUUUUGUUUAAAUGCUGCACAACUUUAUUAUUAAUAUGACUUUAGAAUUCUAAUGAUCUUCAUCAUACUCAGUGUACAUAGUUAUGUGAAUUUAUUUAUCUCUUGAGAUAAGAUUGUUAGAACAUUUUUGUGUUCAUCCUAUAGGCUCAGAUUAAAGAUUCACAGCAGAAGCUUGAGGUGCAGCUCUCGAAACAGCUGACUGAAAUUCUUGGCCCUCCUACCAGACAGCUGUUAGCAAAAUGUUAUGCAUUGCUUUACAGUGUGGGUAACACAUUCACAAUGUAUGAAACAGUCAAUAAGUGCAGUGAUAUUAUCAAGUCAAAGGAUGAAUCCCAGUCUUAUCUUCCAGUUAAACUGUAAGUUUUGUGCAGUAAAUUAUGUCUGCAAAUAAUUUUUCUUUUUAGAAAGGACAUGCCUGCAACCAGGUCACCUUUUCAGCAGAACAGACAGACCAAAAACGUUGUCGACAAACAUCAUGUGGACUGAAAAUUGUUUAAAUCAAUGUGCAAAUCUUAAGCUACAAAAUGAUAGCAUAGCUUUGGUAUUUAAUCCAUCCGGUCAUCAUGUCUGACCACUGGUAGUUUUGCCAUUGAACAUGGGCAAAUGUCAGUGGGACAUUUUCUCAUGACCAGCUGUUGGAUAUAUUUUUUAUGCUGGUGUAUGGUAAAAAGCGUCUUUGAUUGGAUGCUAAGGGAAUGUGGGCCUCUACAAUUCUUAUCAAUUAUAAUUUCUAGGUUAAUAUGGUUAAUUUUUUAUUUCUGUUAAUUUUUGUGUUUCCUUUGUGUCAAAUUCAUUAGAAUAUUUUACCAUACCCAAAAACAAAGGAAAAACAAAAUAUAAUUAAGCAAAAUAACAAUGUUACAGUUCCAAAAAUUGAUUUUUAUUGAUAAAUAUUGAGUCACUAAUUUUUCUUCUAUGCCUCAUUACCUUCUACUUGCUACAAUGGCAGCAGGAUUAGCUCAGUUGGUAGAGUGCCUGAUUGAAGAGCAGGAGGUCGUGGGUUUAAUAUUUCCCAGGGCUAGACCAAUACUCUGGGUCUUAAAGUAACUGAGAAAUGAACCUAAUGACAUUGUCCUGCAAAUGGCUGGAUCUUUGCAUAGCUCGGAUGACCACAUAAAAUGGUGGUCCCAUCUCCAGAAAGGGGGUGUGAAAAAUAGUGUCCCCAACAAGUACUUUUGUGCUAAUACAUUGACUCUCACAUAAAGUGCAGUUUUUUUUUCCAAAUCUUUUUUUCAUUUGUCAUUUUCAGAUUUCCAUUGAUUCUGCCAGUAUUUCUCAGAAACAAAAAAAUCCAGAAUAUUAUUUUGUUUAAUGAAAAUAAUUAUUAUGUUUUUUUUUACUUUGGUAUUAUCACAUUACUUUUAUAGAACUGCAGUGACUUGCAUCGGAGCGAUCUAUGAAAAAUUGGGAAGAAUGGUAAUUUGACUGUGUCAUUAUUGUUUCUCUGAGUGACUUUUGAAAAAAUAAUAAAUUAUUUUUAUAACAAGGCUGAUUAUUAUACAACAGUAUUUCAUUGUUCUUGUUUGUUUACAGGCAGGUGGAUCAUUUCAGGAGACAGUACAGACUUUAAUCAAAGCCAUGAAAAAUGCAGAGGUGCUUUUAAUUUACAGUAAUUUGAAGGAUAUUAAUGUAAUAGCUCAUUCAAAGUGCUAAAUAUUUAUGUAGUUAUUGUAAAUGUUAAGAUUGUAAAUUCUUGUAUAUUCAAGCUACAACCUGUUAAACCUGUCAACCAAAAAUAAUUGCAGUGUUUAGACACUUCACCAAAAAAUUGUUUUCUUACUUCAUUGUGCCACAAAGGCAGAAUUCUUAUGUUUACAACAUCAAUUUCUCCUCCCCUGCCUUUUUCAGGGUUGGCCUUGCAAGUUUGAAAAUGAUCUUGGAAUCCUUGCAAUUUUGAUAAUACUAUAUAUGUUCUUGAAGAUAUUAGCCUUUCAGGCUACUCUGAAAUUCGAGUAUAAAUAAAGUUCGUAAGAUUCGAUAUCAGGCUUACAUGUACAUGUACAGAGAAAUGCGCUACAUUUUCAUUGACACUGCCAAUGAGUGCAAUAAGUCUUUUUUUAUUUGAUAGCUGGGAAAUGUACUUAAAGAGGAUGAAUUUUGCAAAUUGUGAAGAAUCAGGAUUUGGCCAAGCAUAAAUCAUUACUUUGUAAAAAUUUUCAUCUUAAAAGUUAUGGGUAAAGGCCUAUAACCUUCUUGUUACCUUAAAAUCAAAUAGGACAGUGUCUAAUAUGGCCUUUCUAGUUCCAUUUGCUUUUCCCUUUUACUAGCUCAGGGACAUAACCCAACAGUAUUAAUUUUGAUUUAUCUAGUCCCAGGGACGCUGUGAAAUUAUGCUGUGUCUUGAGCGGGUACUACGGGGUCUUGGAAGUAAUGGUGCUAUGAUACAUAGGGAUGUUUACAAAGCAGUUCGGGGAGCUUUAACAGACAGAAGCAUGUCUGUUCGUUGUGCAGCAGCAAAGGUAUGCAAGAUCACUCUGUUUUUCAUAGUGCAGGAAAAUACUCUAAAGGCUGCAUUUGGAACAUUGACAUAGACUUUUAAACACCAUUUCCUUACCAUUUAAACAUGCUUUUCUGUAUUUCAGUGUGCCUUGGAGUUAAUGAAGCAGGCCAACUUUUUGUAUACUAGUGAACUUGAAAACAUGACAUCAACUUGUUUCAAAGCAUUGGAAGGAUCCAACUAUGAUGUGCGUGUUUGUAUUGCUCAACUGAUUGGUUCAUUAAUGGCCAUGACGCAGACUCCUUUAACUCCAGCAACAGGCAAAGGUAAAAAGACUGUCAGUCCCUGCAGUCUUGAGGAAGUGUUUGCAUCUAUGUCAGGAGGAUUCCUGCGUGGAGGUACAGGUUUCUUAAAGGGGGGCGGUGGAGAGCUGCUUAAGAGUACUGCACCACGUGAAGUAAGAGUUGGUGUCACACAGGUAAGCAAUGUUCUCAGAAUCUUUUUUUUCAAAAUUGCUUCUUUUUUUCAACGGCUGCAAUGGUACAUAACAUGGCCAAUAUUCCUUGCUAGACUUCCAAUUUAAACUGUUACUUAUACACUGUACUGCCAUGACUGAGUGCUUUGAUAACCUUGAGGUGGCUUGAUCAAGAUUACAUGUAUGGCCAUGUUGGUUGUAGCCAUUGCUAUUGCCUUCUCUAAUUAGUCUCAGUGGUUGAUCAAGUUAAGUUUUGAGUGAAUAUUGACUCCAUUCUCGACUCAAUUUGAUUCCUGCAACAGUUGAAUUAAGAUUGCAAACUUACUUUUGAUUGGUGCUGUGUGUAUUUGAUUACCAGGCAUAUGUGGUGUUUUUUACUGAGAUGGGUGGAGUUUGGGUGCAAAGAAAUAUGAGCCUGAUUCUUAAGCAUGUGCUUGAGCUGCUUUCAAGCCCCAAGGCAACACAGACCCAUGUGGAGGCAGUCUAUUCCAGACGCUGUGUUUCAUUUAUUCUGCGUGCUGUGCUUGGACGACUCCUGGGUGAACCAGCUCAGCUGGAUGCAGCUAAAGAACUGUGCAAUUUGAUAACCAAACAGAUGAACAUGGUGAAUGAAGCUGUGCAUGGUGCUGCUGAUAGCAGUUCCUCUGCAAGUGUUAUUCAAAGUAUGGAUGAUGUGAUUAGUACACAGCAUGUUCUUGUCUGUGCACUGCAAGAGCUUGGAUGUCUCGUACAAGGACUCAGUACAAAUGGCAUGUCUCUCAUCCAUGAGAAUUUGCUAGACCAUGUCCUGUCAGUACUGCUACACCCAGCUCCUGCUGCGCAGUUGUUAGCAGCUUGGUGCCUGAGGUGUAUAACAGUUGCUGCUCCAUCACAGGCAACACCCUUGAUUGACAGAUGUAUUAAUCGCAUUAGUUCUCUCAAGUCAUCUGGAGAGGCUGUCGGAGGUUAUGCACACACUCUUGCAGCUCUUGUUGGUGGAGUUUAUCAGUGUCCACUGGGGAUUCCACAUGCAAAAGGAAGGGUGAGGUUGCUCUUAAAUCAUUUUUUUUGACUACCUAAAGUCAGGGUUGUCACUAAGAUUUCAAGUUGCCGGGUAAAUACAACAAGUAGGAGGGGAAUCAAACGGCUAGGGAUUUCAUUUGGUUCUAUUUUUCUUGUAUUUUCCAAUAAAAGUAGCCGGGGAAAAUCCCUGGCCCCCGGCUCUUAAUGACAACCCUGUAAAGUGAGAAAAAUAUAAUGAUAUUUAGAACAUUCCUGUCAUGUAAGUUCAUAUGCAAGACUGCUGACUGCAAAGCUCUUGAAACACUUGACCUGUAACGUUGUUGCAGUGCAGUCCCAUAAUUAUUAUUGUACACCCCUACAGAUCCAUGCCUGGGGGGAUUUUGUUUUUCAUUUAACCACCAUGUACAGUGUAUCUAUUAUUUAUCUAAUUAUUUAUUUAAUUUUUGUUAGGCCAUAUUCAAUGUUGCGGAUGAACUCCUGAAAACAGCAACCCAGAAUCCUAGACUUGCAUUACACAAAUCUAAAGCCGGCUGGAUUUUGUUAGGGGCUCUGAUGACAUUAGGUGAGUAGGUACUGUGUAUUCUCCAGUAUGAAAAACAGUUCCAUCAUAGUUGGAAAGCUUUUGUCUCACCCUGGUAACCUGGUCUAGAAAAUAAUUUCCAGUGUUUCUGGAGUUGUAAAUAAUGUUGGCCAACAGUAACUGUUAUAGGAUAUUACCUAAUAACUGUCUUGCAGCCAUGUGAAAUUUCUAGAAGCAUAAAUUUUUGACAAGGUAGCUUUUGUGGUUCAAAAUAAUCUUUGGUUUGAAUUUUUUAAAGUUACCAGUUUACGGUAAAGUUUUCAAACUGGUUUGACUUUUUCAAGCUGAUUGGAAAUUUUUAAACACAUUAUUACUCAUUCUCAUUGAUUUGUACCUCUCCUUGUAAAAUGAGGUAUAAAAUAAACUUGUGACAUCAAGGUCUCACAUUUUAGUAAGCAUUCAUUUUAGCGAUUAGGGUUAAGCAUUUAUUUCAAGUGGUUAGCCUUCAUGUAAAGUCAUGGCCACAGCACAGUUUCAGUGAUUACAGUUAAGUGCUCAUUUUAGUGAUUAGGGUUAAGCAGUUAUUUCAAGUCUUUAGCCUUCAUGUAAGGUCAUGGCCACAGCACAGUUUCAGUGAUUACGGUAAAGUGCUCAUUUUAGUGAUUAGGGUCAGGCCUUUAUUUCAAAUGGUUAGCUUUCAUGUAAGGUUAGGGAUAGCAUUUGGUACCCAGUUUUGUGAUUGUGGUUAAGUGCUUUGUUUGAAUGGUUUGGGUUAUCUUACAGUAAGAUUUCAUGCAAGCCCUUAACCAAAUGUAAAAAACAAGGUUUUCUAGUUGCAGAAAGACAAAAGUUAGACACCUGAGGCACCCGGGCUCUGCUAGAGCAAAGUCCCGAGUGCAAGUAAGAAAUAAGAAACAAGAAAUACUUGGCUUUUGUGACAACAAUAAAUAUUUAUUUUUGAUUCUCACUAGGCCCAUCAGUUGUCAAACAUCAUUUGCCACAGAUGCUGGCGUUAUGGUCAAAUGCCUUUCCUAAAACAGUGAAGGACUUUAAUGAAGAGAAGAACAGAGGUGAUGCUUACACAUGGCAUGUUACUCUUGAGUGCCGAGCAGGAGCACUGUGCUGUAAGUUCAAGCAUCAUGCUGUGAUAUAAUUUUGGAGGUACAUUGCUGUUACUAGGUGUCAAACACAUGGCUCUUUGGUCUAUGAGUCAGUGCGUCACAGUCAGUUGCUGAGUUAAGCAUCCAAAACUCUUCUUUUAGAAAAAUAUUGCGUUUAUGAAAUGAAAAUGUGCAAGUUAUCAGAAGUAAGCAAUUGAAGGAAGGAAGACUUCAUAAUGAUUAGCUUACGGGUUGUGUGUAUUUCUUUGUUAUUUUUUCUGAAUUUCAGCCAUGGCCAGUUUUUGUGCUUCCUGUUCUGCUCUACUUAAUGAUGACUUGACUCGUCACCUCUUGGCUACUACAGAUGCAUGUUUAGCUAUGAUACCAAGGUAAAAUAUUUCAAGAAAAAAUAACUCUUGCUAAGUUAAUUUUUUUGCUCUUAACAGGAGUCUCAUGUUGCAUUUGAUAAAAAAGUCUAGUAGGAUGGUUCUUUGCAUGGUAAACCUCAGACUGGACAGUUUGGGUUCAUGUUCGUGUUUCAAAUCUAACUAGCAAAACCAAUCCGCACCACUCAAAGUUUGCAAUGUUUCUGCUAUUUAAGGGAGUGGAUACAAAUACUAAUUAGUUCUUGCAUAGAGUUUUCAGAAGUGUAUGUGCACCUUAAGUGUCUUGUUCUUUUUCUUCAUCACUUGUGAUGUGUAAGGGCUUUUGGACUAGGGAAUCUCUAUAGCAUCCAGCAAAUCAUGGUUAGCACCUCACAAUUCUUCCAGUUGACUAGGAGAAACUCUGUAGUUCUUUGAAUGGCAGUGGUUGGAUUAAGUGGAUCUCACGCCCAAAACCCAUGAUCCUUAUCACAAACUGGCAAAAAAUAUGGGACAUGCACUCUGACAAUCCCUUCAAUUCAGUUUUCUGCCCUGCAGUCAGUUGCCUUUUAUUGCAAUCUAUUGCACUGACAUCCACCUUCGACUUGGAGAAGAUGACUUCUUUUACAGCACGGUCCUUGUCCUGGUUAAGUCCAUCGAGGACUGUGGUCAAUAGUCGUAGAUAUACACUGGCAUGAGAAGUCUUGGAAGACAGUGUCACCAUUUGUCCAACAUGAUCGGGUCUACACCGAAUGUCGUUUACUGCCAGAGCUCAAAGUUACCUGUCCUGGUGUCACCGAUAUAUGUUGCUUUGAUUCUAGGUCACCACUAUGGUUAAUAACAGCUUCAGAUGGACUUACAUGGUGCUCAUAAGCAAUAUAAAGCAACACAACACAAAGUCAAGUGAAGAAUGAUCCUUGCAGGUGUGAAUGCAAUUUAUGCAAUUGUGUAAGAAGCCUGAAAAAAAAAUGAAGGACUUCAACGGGAUUUGAACCCUUGACCAGCUCUCAACAUCAGUGGCUUCAUAGCUUAAGUGGUUAGAGCAUCGCUCGGGUAUCGUGAGGUCACGGGUUCAAAUCCUGUUGAAGUCCCAAAUUUUUUUAAGGCUUCUUACGCAAUUGCAUAAAAUAAUUGCGUUCACAACUGCAAGGAUCAUUCUUGACUUGAUUUCAUUUCCGCAGUUCUUAUAUAUGAUUUGCUCCAUAUACUUUUGUCACAACACAAUGACAAAGUGUCCCCCUUUACGGUAACCCUAGAGUGGGGGGACUUAUGCUACUAUCAGAAAUAAUAAUAGUCUUAUACAUUUUAAUGAAUACUACGUAACACAUUUGCGUUUGGUUAGCUUUCCUCAGAUAAUCAAGCAGCAUGGGAAUCAUUUGAAGGCCAGUUCUGCUAUUGUCAGAUUACGAUUAUAUUCAGUACUUUCUCUUCUGCGACCAAAGCUCUAUGAAGGUUUGUACCCUAGCAAGACCUUAAGGAAAGCUGUUCCAAAAAGGAGAAUAGUUCCUUGUGUUUGAUCAUGGCAUUUCACCUCCGCUUUUGUAUUGUCUGAUAUUACUUUCCAUGUCCAACAUGCUUACACUAAUAAGCCAGUGUAUUCGGUAUUGUAUAUUUAUGACCCUUCGGGAGGUAUUCUAACACUUUCACGUGGAAUUAGCUGAUGCUUCCAAAUUUGAGCUAAGGCUUAUACAAAGUGUGUGACAUAACUGGAGUACUGUUGUUAAUCAGCUCUCGUUUAGGGAAACUCUAAUUUUUAUAUAGUGCUGAAAAAGAAAAAUAAUAACAUACUGGAAAACAGUUUUUUUAAGAGAUAUCAUUUUGUCAACAAGCUCACGAGUUGGUACAUCAGUACGUCUCCUUUAUAGGUGUUCUUACACAAACUGUAGAUACACCUACACAUAACAGCCGUGAGGUAUGGUGAGGUAUGUGGAAUCGUCAACGGGAGACUUUCUUUAGCCUUGUCUUAAAGUAUAUUUUAUUUUUAAUUGCAUUAACUUUAAAAGCGAAAAUCGGUUUUCACUUUUGGUAUGUACACCCCGAUAAAUUUUUUCCUGUAACCCUCUGUAGGAAGCUUCCAUUCUCUGUUGCGCUGCUUGGUGGCAGAAUUCACUUUGGCAGAAAAUCCUGCCAUGACAACUACAUCGCUGCUGCGCACUGUGUGCCACAAGGAUGAUUCUAUUCUGCUUGGCUCAUGGCUUCAGGAAACAGACCACAAGUUUGUUGAGGAGCAGGUUUGUAAGACGUCAAGCAGAGUCUUCUGUUUGAGUUUGAAAGUAAUCUGAUGUUGCUGGAUGAACAAAAAUUCAAAUAUUUGCAUCGUUAUUUAUAUGUGCACUGUGUAUCUACUAGUUGCUUUUAAAAACCUGAUCUUUUUCUUUUUUUAUCCCAGCUUCAAACCAAUAGUGCAUCAGGGUCUGGAUCUCUUGAACAUGAUCCAUCAUGUAUAUUUGAACGCUGCCCUGAGGUAUACUUGUCAAACGGCGAACAUUUUUUAUGUUAUUUGCAAAAUAUUAUCGGCAGUUUCUGUCGAUUUUUGUCACUUCUGCAUUUUCCUAGUUAAAAACAUAGUUACUAGAGUGCAAUGGUUAUGAAGCCCUUCAGAUGUUUUUGUGGACCUGACGAUGCACAACGUUCAAUAGAAUUCCUAUCAUUUUGACUGAUGUUAUUGGCAAAUAAAAACGUCACAUUGAUUUCAGAUUGUUCCGUCAUAUUUUGUUAACCAAAAAAAUGUUGUUCUUAUCUUCCAAUUCGAUGUUUGCCGUCUUUCUCAACCAGUCUUACAACACUGUAUGUUGAAUACUGCUGGGUACUUUACUUUCCACCGUAAGUUGUUCAAUUUAAUAACUUUGUCUGCCCUUUCAAAACUGUUUGUUUUGUGUAUGUUGAAUAAACUAGAGCAGCCGUGCAUCUGAGCUGUCAGUAUUGACAGAUGAUGACAGUCUUUCUUUAAAACUUUUGUAACUGUAAUGUCAAACUGUUUUGCGGCUUAAGAGUAGAACCAUUGGGAAAAAAAUCAUAAGGGUGGUCAGUUUGUCUGUUAACAAGUUAUCUGAAUCAUGGGGUGGAGAUGUGAAAGAUAUGAUAAUCAGCCUUUCACAAGAGUAGACAAGUAAUUUCUUUUUCAUCCGCUUGAGACGUGCUGAUUAUCACAUCUUACACAUUUAUUUACUGAGCUCAAAAAUGAAAAUUGCCCGGCAUCUUUCUUUAUUUAUCCCAAUAGGGUGAAGAUGUGCCUGGUCCACUGCCUUUAGGUGUGGCAGUCAUAGAUUGGUCCAUCAAACUCUUUGGAGCUGUGUUCCCAUAUGUUGCACAAAAGCACCGCAGUCAGCUGCUGGCUCAUUUUGCUGAGUGUAUUCGGCAGGCCAAGUCAUCAAGACAACAAGCGAUACAAACCAACAUCUUGACAGCAUUUCUCGUUUCCCUGAAGGUACUGCCAGUACACUUUCUGAAACAAAUUCAAAACAUUCCUCCCAUCUCUGCGUUAAGUUCCCAUCUGUAAAACAUUUGCCUGUUCUUGAACAGUUGCCGCUGCAUAUGAAGGGAUGCGGCUUAUUCUCGACUAGCAGAUAUUCUUUAUAAAAGCAGUUGUCAUAAGUUGAGUGGUAUUUUUGCGUAUUCUAUAUUUUUGAGUUACAGUAGUAGUUCGGCGAUUCUGUCUUUGAAUAACCUGUGGAAUCUUCCACGAUUUUCUCCAGUUUCUCGCUGUCAAAGCAGCUGAGUCGCCACGCCACUUAUCCUUCUUUCUGUUAAUAUCAUUACAAUUGACGACAAUUGUAUCGAUCCAGCCUCCUCCUUCGCAGGCAACUCCGGUUACACGAUCCAUAUCGGCGAUUAUUCUCUAAAUUUGUUCAAUGCUUGCUGAUUUUGAAAAAUUAUCCGGGGGGGGGGGGGUCAAAGCCAAUCAGAAAAGGAGAAUGAAUUGUUUUGAACGAAUAAUAGUGGGUGGUGGACCUUAUCACUGGAGGUAAUAAAUACGACCAAGAUAGCUGUUCGGGAAACAUACAAAGUAAAUGAUAGAACGAACGUCUGUUUCAUACCUUCUACCUGAAUUGAAAAGUAUCAACAAUUAUUUGUUUUCAGGGACUGGCUGAGUCAAAGACCAGUGUGGGUGAUGAGGAUGUAAGAAAUACUGCUGUCAAUUUAGUCAUGGUAAGUCUUCUGGAGCCACUUUUCUUUUCUUCACCUACAGUCAAUUUUGUGCUCGUGCUUUUAGUCAAAACAGGUUGAAAGAUGCGCCUUAGCCGGGGUACGCUUUUGCCGAAAGUAAACAAUGGACAUUAUUUUUAUUAUUAUUUAGGCUUUUCACUGAUAUUGUUUUUAUGGUUAUGGGACCAUCCAACCUUGAAUAGCGAGCUAAUCAAGACAAGAGUAAGAUUUAAAUCAUUGAAAAUUUAGGAACCAGAAUAGAAGGGAGAAGCUUAAACUAUACGCACCCAAACGGAAGUUACAAAGAGAGUGUGAUUUGUUUCAUCUUUUGAAAGUACUUGUCUUCUUCUUGAUAACAGUUCUUACAUAUAAAAAGUGUCUUACGACUGGGUCUUUUUUCUAGGCUAGGUUACACUGGGGGAGAUUGUUCCAGAUUCUCAAAUGCUUCCUGGGGCCCGUUUCUCGAAAGACCCGGAAACUUUUCGGGCCCGAAGACAAAUGUUAAAAUCCUAACCUGUUGAAUAGGUAGCACAGUUGCUAGCCCACAAACCAGUCAAUUUUUCCUCUUUAACUGACAGUUUCAUUGAAUUAUUUUCAAAAUUAUUGAAACUUUGAUCUUGAAUGCCAAGACAACAAACACAAAACAGCUUUCCGGGCCCCGAAAAGUUACCGAGACUUUCGAGAAACGGGCCCCUGAUUCGUUAGAUUGGGGUAUUACGGGGCGUUUACACACCGGCUUCAAUUAAUUCAAAAAAGUCCACUCGGAUACAAAGUGUUCUGGCACUUAAGAUUCCAGAUAAAAAAUCUCUGGACACUCGACCAAACCGGGACUUGUUUUUUGCGUGUAAAAAAAGAAACACAAAUCCAGUACCAAAGUGUAGGAUCCGUCCCGAUUUAGGGAAAAUCUUUGGUAAAAUAACCCUAGCCAAGGUUACACGUAGAAGAUUUGCUUGUGUUUGUUUAAUGACAGGGUGCUGUAACAAAUCCUGAUCCGAUUGUUCGCUGCGCCGCGGGUGAAGCUCUGGGACGCAUAGCUCAAGCUGUAGGGAGUCCUAUUUUUACAUCAAACAUAACUCAGAAGAUCUUUGAUCAGCUGAAGGCGGCUCGGGAUGCUGUGUCCAGGACUGGAUAUUCUGUUGCACUCGGCUGUAUUCACCGAUAUGUUGGAGGAAUGGCUUCAGGACAUCAUCUAAACAGCAGUGUUAGCAUACUUCUCGCUUUAGCCAAGGAUAGUUCCUCCUCUUUAGUCCAAGUAUGUUAUGUCAGCCAAACAUUUUCUUUUUUUUUUCAAUCGGCGACAAAAUGAGUUGAGACAUUUCGCGCUAAAGGGGCUUUUUGACGUUUUACUGACUUCAAAAGAGAAAAAUAUAACUUUUCCUCCCCCAUCCCCUCCAUGCAAUGUUGUGCCAAACUUAGAGCUAUCUUUAGAAAACAACAAACUCCCCAACUUUGAAAGGAGGAGACAGGGGAGGAGUGUGGAUUCUUAUGUUGUCUGAAGUUACCCUAUUUGAGUACAAUGUCUCAAAAAUUUUGUCGCCGAUUGUGGUCGUAACAGAGACAUAUUCCAUAACUCAAUAGACCCUUCCGGGUUUUUUCAACUUUUGGCUGGGACCAACUAGCGAAAAUCCCUCAACACGGCUAAAAGUACCCCUUACAAUUAGUCAAGUUGCCAAGUUUAAACGUAAUUUGUUGAAAACUAGCUAAGAUAUAGCUACGCAAACUCGCCGAGUUUUACAAAGGUUUGUAUGGUGGGGGGAAAGUUUGUGCCCAGACAUACGUCUGGAAAAUUUCGCGACUUUGUGGACCAAUAUCUUCGCUCGCUUUGGACGUAUCUGAGAAAGGCUACGGACAGAGUACACUUUAAGCAGAUAGUCGUAAAAGUUUUGAGGUCAUCGGGGACAUGAGAAAUUUGCCAGGCCUUAAAAUCUUAAUUCAUGAAAAUUAUGAUUACUGCAAUACUGUCAAUAUCACCAUUACCAUUAUUGUAAAUGACUUGUGAGUCAGGGUAAUUGUAAGAAUUUCUCUUUGCUAACCCUUAUAUUUUUUUUCUGCUUUGGGCAGCCUAGAUAGUUGAUCAAGCUAUGUUUUUGGAAGCAAUUCCUCCGCAAAUGAUUAAAUGUUUACAUGCGCAUUUAAGAUAAUUGUCCACAGAAUUCGGAGGUAUAACGGUAUCAAGGAGGCUGAGCAAUUCACUGUAUUGUGGUAAUUUAUAUGUAGGUUUGGGCAUUGCAUGCUUUGGCUCUUAUUGCCGACUGUGGUGGUCCAAUGUUCCGAAGCUAUGUUAAUCCAACCUUGGAGCAAGUUGUUGACCUUGUUUUGACCGUACCAUCUGCUAUAACCGAAGUUCACCAAUGUCUUGGGAAAUGCCUGGCUGCUCUUAUUACAUCAAUUGGUCCUGAACUUCAAGGUGAGCGGCAACCUCAAUUGUCAUCAGUCAAUACGUCAUAGAAGACACUGCACUGUUGAGACAUGUUUCGGCAGUUUGAUAAGUUCUUCUUAGUUGCAACUAUUUAUGAUGGAAUUGAAUACAACAUAAACUUUAAGAACGCUUAAAACUUGGGGGUUAGACUUAACGAUGAGUUUUCUUUGCAGUAGUAUUCAAUAGUUUUUGCUUACAGUCGAUUUGCAGAAAAGUUUUAACUCGAGGAGCUGAGUUGUUAUAAGCAACAACAAAUUUAAACCACAAUUGAUCUAAUGUGUUAGAAUAGUGGCCUUUUUGAAACUCCAUUCAACACUUUUUUCAAUUUGUAGGAACAUCAAAGUCUAUCCGGGACCUGCGUCUGUCAUGCGUGGUGGCCUGUGCCAUCAUGCAAAACCAUCCGGAUUCAUUAGUUCAAGCAGAAGCAAUCAACUGCCUUCAGCAGCUUCAUGUGUUUGCACCAAGCCAUAUUAACAUAGGAACUGUUGUUCGCAAAUUAUGCGUCAACCUUUCAAGCCCUCACCUGUUGUUACGGCGAGCUACGGUGGCUUGUCUUCGUCAAUUGUCGCAGAGAGAAGCAAAAGAAGUCUGUGAAAAUGCUUCCGCUGCUGCAGAGGAGCUAAAUAAAAGACGGCAGUCCAGUUAUGCUGUUGUUAUAGGCGACAAAGGCUUAGAAGGUAUAGAUUUUAGUGUUUGGUCUAGGGCGCGCUUUUGUGCAUGCUGUGCUUUUUUAACACCUUCUCUUGUAUAGAAAGGAGAAGUGGUUACGUCACGUUGCCAUGAUAGCAGGAUCUCUGGAUCUCAACCGUGGUCCUGCUGGAAAUAUGGUAGGAAAAAAAUUGACAUGUACAGUGGAACCUCGAUUUAACCAACGACUAUAUAAUGAAGUCAACGGUAUGACGAACGAUAUUCUUCGCCCCAGUAAUAGAAAACUACAGCUAUUUCGAGGAAGGUUUUUCGGAUAAAGUGCACGCUACAACCCCGAAAGGUAUUGUGGGUGGUUUUGAGUUCACGGUUUUUUCAAAGAAAAUUGAAAGAAUGGCACGAGAGGCCAUGGACAUAUGUUUGCGAGAGCUAAAGGAAAGCAACAAAAGUAGGUUCGACAGCUAUAGUGUCGGGAACAGUGUAUUGAUCAUAUCCCUUAUUACCUUUCGCGAUUGUCCCGUGCACAUUUUUUCCGACAACCUUUCUCGAAAUAGCAGUAUAUGGGAAAGAACCUCGACAUAAGGAAACCUUGUUAUAGCGCAAGUAUUUUGCUAACCCCCCCCCCCGUUCAUGAUUGCGCUCAGGAACUAAAAAGUACUGUAACGUGUUUUUUAGGUGCAUUGUUUGGCAUGUUGGACACAGAGACUGAUGUACGGUUAACAUCCGAUAUUCAUGAUACUUUAAACAGCAUGCUUCAGUCUCUUGCUGCUAAUAAUCUCACUCACUGGCUGGGGCUGUGUAGGGAUGUCUUGUCGGCAUCUAAAAGCGGUAAAGGAGGAAACGGAGGGGACGCUCAAAAGAGAGAAACUGAAGAAGGUGAAAUAUUGACACUAUAUGAACAUUUUGUUGUACAGUGAUGUUUGAUAAACCUAGACAGCGCGAUAAGACAAUACAAUUUAGAAUGCUUGAGGUUAACUCGUCAAAUUAUGAAACGGUUUAAGGCCUUCAGUAUUUUAAGGAAUUAAGACAUGGCACUGUAAACUGUUUAAACAAUGCCUGACAAUUAGUAAAAAUGACUGAAACUGAGAGGCCUGAUUUGGCGCUCCAUUCCGUGUAAUUGUUUUCGAACGAAAAAACUUUUUCAUUCUUUGUAAUAGUUAGUUCCCAAGACUUCAGCAACAAUGCUACGCUAAAAAAGUUGAGAAUAAGUUAAAUUUUUGUAAGUUAUGAAUAUCCCCAUUGGGAAACUGCACACUAGUGUGAAGGGUGUUGAUUUGUUUUGGUUGUCCUGUGCAUUGCCUCUUUAGAAGCUGAUGAGGGAGGGGAGGGUGAUGCUGAUGAAGGAGGAGGAAUGACAGCAGGGGAGGCCCCUGAGGAAACUCAUCCCAAGGUGGAUCCAAGAUGGCCGACAAGAGUGUUUGCUACUGAAUGUAUCAAGAAAAUCAUUACCGUUUGUCAAUCAAGACAACAAGCUCAUUUUGAUUUAGCACUGGCCCGUGAGAGGCGGCAGCAGACUGGAGAAGGUAGGAGUAAUUAUGUGAACUCUUAAGGCAGUUCAGUGUUUGUCUGCUUUAUCUUAUAAACCUUUGUAAGUAUCUACCCUUGCAGUUUCCAAGAACGGAAGGGCUUAAGCGAGGAAAAAGAUCACAUACUUCAAAGUUUAUAACAAUAUAACGUUUAUUUUAAAACAUGAACUGCAACGCAAAAAAAUAUGUUAUUUAGGUUUUCUUGAAGACCCAAUAGAGAUUGCCCAUUUGCCAUGCAAACAGAAGAGUCGACACCUUUCCUUUAUAGGAUGUGAUUCUCUUCUCCAACAGACAUAUUCAAAAUGUAUUUCCGCUCUGUUACAGUACCUCCAGGACCUCCCAAAAGGAAAUGCAGCUUCAGGAGCAUCAAAGUUGUCAAGGCCAUCAUUGUCAUUUCUCAACCCUUUUUUUUUUCUUAUUUUCGUUGUUUUUGCAGAUUUUCUAGUCAUGCAUCUUCAAGAGGUUGUCAGAAUGGUGUUUAUCGCAGCCACAGCCAUCUGUGAUCAGUUGAAGCUAGCAGGGUUGAGCACUUUACAGGUACAUUAACCAACUCUUUUAUAUGGUGGCUUUAUUCAUUAACUCUAUAAUUUAUGACGUGUAAAGGUCUUUCUUUGAACAGCCACCUCCCCUUAAAUAUGCUCCCUUCUGCUAGCCCAAAACUAAAAAUACGCUCGUCUAAAGAUUUAGUGCCCUCUCCCACCCCCUGCAUUUGAUUUAGUAGUUUACAGUCCCUAUUAAGAUAUUAAGUGGGCACCUUACGUUAGACGAGAUCCUGUCCACCGUCCUCAUACGCGACUGAAGUGUCUCCUGCGUUUUUAUUUUCGGCCUGUGUGAGUGUGUCUUUAAUAUUCUUUGUAAAUUUAUUUCAGGAUGUUGUUAACAUAUUUGCUUCAGUUUCUGACCCUGAUUAUCCAGGUCAUGUUAUACUCGAGCAGUUUCAAGCUCAGGUGAGAGUUGUCACUUUAAAUUUUCCGUUCUGAGGCAGUUCAAUCAAUCAAUCAAUCAAUCCUUCAACUAAUCAAUUUAUUUGUGACAUAGCUUGAGAUAGGACUGCCCCGAAUAUCCGAGUAAGAGGUUCAUGUAUAAAACGCAUGACAAUAAUACAUGGGUAGUUGAAGUACGUCUUAUAAAUGUAGGCAAUGAGACAAAACAUAAUGAAUUUAUUUAGUUUUUAGUGAAAUGUUGCGAUAGAUGUACCAGAAAAUAUGAACGUAUCGUCUAAAAAUGAACUAACAAUGAUUGGCAGGGAGCAGUAAAAAUGCAGAAAAGAAUAAGAAAGAAUAAAAGGGGAACUGAAAAACUUCCCGAUUGAACACGAUCUCUAAACAAAAAACUCGAGGUUUAAAUUCCUCAUUUGUAAUAACUGAAGACAAUUGCCUCGCUCUGCGUAAUUGUGGGUAAACUGUAGUAGGUCGCAAGGAGUGCGCUAACCACAGUACCUUCUUCUGUUAAACAUGAGGCGUAAUGUGUUUUUACAGGUCGGCGCUGCUUUACGACCAGCGUUUGCGUCUGAUAUGCCGUCUGAUGUUACUGCUAUGGCGUGUGAGGUCAGUAAAAUUAUAUUGUGAUCUUGACCAUUGAGCUCAAAUUUCCUGUAUUGCAGCUUACAACGUACAAAGCACUGUUACGGUGGUUCCAAUCGAAUGUCAGUAAACCGAAAGCAAAGUAUUUGCAGAAGCAAAUCAACCAAUCAGCACACUCCAAGCAAGUACAUACAACCGGUGCCGGUCAAGAGCGCGAAAAACUCUCUCGAGCAAGUCACGAUCAGGUUAAGUUUUAUGAUUGGUUGAAAUGUUGGCGUGAGAUUGUUUUCAGCCAAUCACAAACUAUACCAAUGAAUGAAAAGUCAAGCUUCUCUUUCUACUUUCACACUGAUCACGCCGUAUAGCACGCGUUUACUGCGUUGAAAGCCUUUCAAGUUUUGGGCCUGUUAUCAGUGUUACAAGCAUGUACUUCUUGUGAACGUGAUCUCAGAUAUGAGCUUCCACAAUUAACUGUGUAUAGAAAUUUAUGUCUGAUUUUUUUCACUCGUCCCCUUUUUAAACCACAAUUUAGCAAAGCUAUUAUCUUUGUUUUUGGUGUUUUCAGGUCUGCAGUGCAUGGAUUGCUAGCGGCAUUGCACGAGACUUGAAUGAUGUACGCAGAAUUCAGCAACUGUUAGUAACUAAGCUCUCGAAAGUUGGACAAGCAAAAGAUUCUUCUUUACAGCUGUACAAUGAGGCUGCCACUACAAUGGAAAAGCUUGCUGUUUUGAAAGCUUGGGCAGAGGUUCUGUUUAUUUAAUUUCAUUGUGUAUUAUUUUCAGUUUUGUAUGGUCGGUAGAACUCAGCUUAGAUACAUUGUCCAUGUUGUACAUGGACAUAAGCUCCCUGAUGGAGACUGAAUAUGUUGCCAAUCUUCUUUGUAUUCUUGUUAUGGAACAUGACCAAUUGAUCGUACCCUUGCUGAGAUGUCUUGUUGUUUCAAAGAAGCUAAGUUUUUCAUUGUUAAUGCAGUUUUGGCUUUCACUAAGGGUUCAUAGAACUGUCUAAAAGAAAUAUCAGGAUGCUCGGAUUGGCAAAAUUGGAGAAGUUUUAAGCGGAUUACGUUGGGGAAACCUUGUAAAAAACGUCCGUCUGAUUUAAAGUUCAGGUCCCGGUUGUUCACUAUCCAGUGGAUAGGUAUUAGGGAAGGCAUUUGCGUUAUCUAUUGGAUACAGAUUUAUCCCGUAAAUACUGUUAUCCAUCUUUCGAACAACUGGGCCCUGAUCUUUUGAUUACUGGCUAUGAAAUCAAGCGCGCGCAAACCGGUGAUAUACCUAGUCUCAGAAGAGUAAUAUUUGCUGUGUUGAUAUCAGGUUUACAUAGUUGCCAUGAAGCAGCAGGAUAGUCCGACUCCAUCGAGUGCAGGUGAAGAGGAAGACUUUACAGAAUCUUCUGGCAGCCUAUUGGAGUUAGUGCAACCAGAAUUAAAAUCGCUCAGUAAAUACUGGCUCGGAGCUCUGAAGGAUCAUGCGCUUCUUGCUUUGCCGGCAGAAUAUUCAUCUCAGCUGCCACCCCAGGGCGGGAUGUUUUACAGGUACCGUAUUAACCUUUAGUCUUAAAUGAUACAGAUGGAACAAUUGUUGAUAAGAAAGAUGUCCUCAGCGUGACAUAAGCAGUGGGCAAUGAUUUUUCCCUGAUAAUAAUUAGAUCUAGGAUCUCUGUUAACUAGUUGGUGAUCAAUGCACAAUUUUGUUGAUGUUUUUGUUUUAAUUAGUAAGCUGAAAAUGGAGACCCAUCUUUGAGGGCCUCUCAUGAGGUUACCAUAGAAACACAUCACUUUCCCUAGAUUGUGCUGUUAUUAUUACACUACUGUUGCUUGUUCCAGAAAAACUCAGAGCGAUCAAAAUUAGAGUUACAGUUCUACUUUAAUUCACGCUGAGUUAGAAAAGUUUUAGAAUUUCUUUACGUAACAAUAUUUGCUGUGUUGAUGUGCUGUAGCCCUGACUCUAUGGAUCAAGCCAAACCUCAUUACCAGAGUAGCUGGCCUUCUGUUGUUCAUGCAGCUUCUUUGUGGUUAAAUAAUGGAGGAUUUGAGAGCAUAAAGCGUGAUAUGGAGCAAGGUAAGUUACCAGGGUAAAUGAAUGACCUGGGUUUGAUAUAAUGAUGAAUAUUUCACGUUUCGUCAAAAUAAACCAAACAAAAACAACAACAACAACUAACUAACUGUAGCCUAAGAAAAUAGCCGACAUUGCACGACGCCACCACUGGUUCCCCCACGAAAUGAUGUCAGAAUUGAGCGCAGAAAUUCCAUAUUGGUGACGUGUCACUACCCAGAUCUGGGUAGUGACGCUUCAUCAUUAUGGAAUUUUUGUGCUCAUUUCUCAGACGUCAUUUCCCGGGGGAACCAGUGGUGACGUCGUGAAAUGUCGCCUGUUUUCUCAGGCUACUAACUAACGUUAUUUAGAGAGGGAUGGGUAGGGAUGCACGGUUUCAAGAAUUGGUAAAACUUUGGCCCUUGAAGUCUCCCCAAAUCAACUUAGCUAGAGACACCUUCAAGGUUGAACUAAAAUUUGUGAGAUGAGGAUUUUAGAGGAGAAGAGGAAACUGGAGAAAUAAGCAAAGGAGAGAACCAACAACAAACUAAACUCACAAAUGGUGUGUGUCGACUCAGGGACUCGAACACAGGAUACAUUGGUGGGAAUUCUUUCAACACUGUGCCAUCAUCCCUGCUCCUCAUACCACCCGACGCUUACGUUAAUCACAAGGCUAGGAAAAUCAUUCCUGAAUACGAACUUAUAUUUAUCUUUCAAGUUCAUUUUCAUCAGUUUUACAUCGGUCACGGUAUAUGCAGACAAUUGCCCCUAGAACCACUCCUUCGAAAACGUAGAGUUUUGUGACAGAGUGGGGAGGCGGGAAGAAGUAACUUUAGAGUGGUCUUUGUUCUUCCAGGGUUGUCAAGCGGUUCUGUAGAAAUUAACAAUGGAGCAGUGAUCACAACUGCUAAGACACCAACAGAAGUCAACGCCGAUUACUUUCAUUUACUGGUGGGCAUCUGCAUGGAGUCUUUGUGUUCAUCCAGAGCGACGCAACCCAACAGUACUGUGUCAGCCUGUCUGAGUGCAUUCUACAGUUUGCUAGAUUCACAAUGGGCGAGAACACUCAUUGGAAAAGAACAGGUGAUGUCAACAAAGUGUCUUGUUUUGCUUUGAAUAUGGGCAUUUAAAAGGAUCGUGAAUUCGGACCCUGCAUUGGUAGAGUACUGUGAGAGUGAUGUAAUUACUGGGGUUAUUGUUUUUCUUGUUUUAAGUUACUACAACACAAAGAUUAGCAAGUAGUCCAUGCCAAAACUGCAGAGAGUGGUUUCAUUUGUGUAAUAAACUCCAAAUUAGUUAGAGUAGAAACUUAAAAGAAAGGUUCAACUCUGCCUUAGGUAGUUUUGGCACCCUUGAGUAUGAGUGACCCCUGUUGAAUACUUUGUUGUUAUUGUGGUUAUUGGUGUAGUCAGUAGUAAUCUACCAUUACCGCUGUCUCUUAAAUUAUCUUCCCUGGAAGGCUUAUACUGUAUUCUUUCCAGCUAUUUUCGAGGGGGAGGGUGACCCAUGGUUGUAAAAGCUCGAUUUAUCAGUCAGCUGUCUUUUAACGAAGCUUUGAGUGGACAUAAGUGAAUAAAUUGUGGCCCUUCAAAAACGGAACGCGUAAUGGAUAGGGGGAGGCUUACCAAGCAAGUCACAUCUUCAUGUUUUUCUGUUUUUUUUUACCCGGCAGAUUCUUGGUGUUGAGUUGCUGAGUGUGUUACACAGAGUGCUGCUUACACGAGAGUCACUCGAUAUUCAUUUUGCUGCAAUCAGAGUUGUUAGCCAGAUUAUUAAAGCAGCACAGGAAUCAUUAGACAGCAAAAAGGCUGCAAAUGCUGAGUACGUAACAUCUCACUUUAUUAUCUCAAUUAUAAAGAAUGACUGAAUAAAUAAUUGUAGUUAUAUGAACAGCUGUAAUACCUGUAGAAUUUCUUCCCGGAACUGCUACAAUUGUUAUGGUGUUGUUUUCCUCUUGAAACUUACACCUCUUUACUGUGAAAAGACAGAGGCUCCGCUUGAAGGAGGUUCCUUACGUGCCCACUAAACCACUUAAGAAUGUUUAAAGACUUUUUGAUUGUGGCUCAUGGUUCUAUUUGCUUGCUUUGCUGCUUUGCAAGUCAGCAGACAAAAUAGAGUAUUAGAAAUUAUUUUGUUUCCUUCUGAAGCGCCAGUGAAAGCAGUGGAGAGGAGAGUGAAGGAGAAGAAGAUUUGACGCCUGGCCGAUCUUUGGUGUUUGGUGUAAUGGAGAUUUGUAUGUGUGUACUCAGAAGGCAGCUGCCAAAUCUCCUCCCGUCAUCUUCUGCUUCUAAUCAACAGCCAGUGUUACUCGUAGCCAUUGGCUCAGGAUUCAAAUGUAAGCACCUUUUUUUUAGUGUAGUUCGUGAUAGAGCUCCACUGUACACCUGUCAAUCUGUAACAGUAAACGAGUUUGAGAGGAUGUCGCGACUGUAAAGGCAAUAGGCGCGCCGAAUUCCAGAAUGUGGUGGGGUGGGGUUCACUUUCGUUGAACUGGUAAGACGCGGUAACAACUCCAACUCGACGACGUGUCAUGCCACAAGGGGGAGGAAAACGUUGGUUAUCUGAUGCGUUUGGCUGGCUAAUUUAAUAGCGAUGGCCUGACACCGUGCUAGAACAGCAACAACAACGAAAAACAACAAUUUUAUUUGUAAUUACAAAUUUUGACGAGAAGCACGGUCUGCAACUAGAAAAGCUAUUCAAGGCGGGCAGUGCAUGCAACUAUAAGCUCUUUAAGGCAGAUGUGUUGAUUGCGGAUUUUACUCAUGACGGUUCAGAUGCUUUUGUUUUUAACCCAUUAACAGGCCGUUCUUGAUAUACCUUAAUAUUUUGGUAACUUCAUAGUUGUGGUAUUCUAAGAAAAGGCUUGUUGGAUUGUAUUUUUUAUUUUCUUUUUCUGUGCGUUGUUAUUUCGUAGCCUUAACAGAGCAGAGUUCUAAAUUAAUAUGUGAAGCAGUGUCCAUCCUGCCAGCAGUAACCGGCCUGUGCACUCCAGAAGCUUCAGUUAAUGUGUUACCAAGUGUACUGUACCUUCUGACUUGUGCGUUACGUGAAGUGGCGUUAAUCAUGGACUCCUCGUCACAGAAGGCUAGAUCAGCUAUACUACAAGCUUUGAAACAGCUUACCACUUCACCAUAUACGCACAAUCCUAAAUGCUCCAAGGACUGGAUUGACUUGCUUCAAAGGUUGCUCUCUUAUUGAUAAUUUGUACUCUAAGUAGUAACUGUUUUACUCUGCAGAGUGGAAGAAAAACCCAAUAUUCCCUGAGCAAAAUACCUUUGGUCUAAAGUCAAUUUGUAUUCCAAGGUGUUAUUCAUCGUUUGUUUUCUGUCAAUCGUUUGUCCCAGGCCAUCCAUUAGCGACCGUAUAAAGCAAUGAGAACGUUGACAUCCCGGAAGUUUUCCAGGACUCGAAAGAAAACUUGAAAUCCAGCAUGUCCUUUGGGCAAGCAGCCUUGCUAUUCUUCUGUCCCAGGGCCGUUUCUUGCUUGACGUAGUUAAUGAUUUUGUUAGAGGAUGACUUGCCUGGACUCUUGCCCACUUGGCGAGUAAGCUUAAGUUACUUCCACAGCAAGAAAAUCUACUUGUCCUGGAUUACGGGACGGGAAUGUUUUCGAGCCUUGUUUUCAGACAAAAGCGUUGUAUUAAGUAAGAAACCAAACUUCCGGUUGCUACUAUGAUGUCCAGGACGUCAGUGUUAUCGUUGCUUUAGCUUACUUCUAUGUCAUUUAUCGCGACAUUUCGAUCACGUACUGUUGGUCUUCAUCAGUCGAUGAUGUCGCUUCCUGAAAGGGACCAUAAGUAACGCCCUAGUUGCUUAUGAUUGAUGCAGUACCAGCCCCACUCAUGGUCCAUUUGCUCGGCAAACAGGGCCAGCAAGAAUUUUCUCAUGACAAAGUCAAUUUGUAACUUACUUAUCGCUCAUUUUUUGAUCUUUUUAUUUGACAGUGCAUUAGCCACAGUGCUGUCGGAUGCUAAAGCCAAUGUAGGUAAUACACCAAACGUAGCCGCUCCGCAGUCAGUUGCAAUGGAUGACAGUGUUUUCAUGUUAGCAUUGGCCAUCUUUAUUCUCUCUGCACCCAAAGAGGUUGUAUUGGCAUCAGAUCUACAGAGCCAGUCCAUCAAUGUAUUUAACAGGUGUAUCACAUCGACUAACAUCCAGGUCAGUAGGUUAUUUUAUCGAUCUUUUUGGGUCGUGUAAAAAUCUUUUACUAGGAAAUGUAAAAAACGUUAUUGUCACAGAAUUCGCGGCUUUUCUGUAAAUCGAUUGGAACUGGUUCUCUUUUGACCACAUUUGCAGUACCCUGACGGCUGCGCGCUGGCAUAAUUCGAUGUCAAUUGUUUUGUGUUUGGGACCCUUUUCAUGUGAGCCGGGCUGGCCCUAUUUACUGGGAUGACUUUGAGCCCUGUGUAUCAUGUGGCGGGCCAGCCCGGGUUAAGGGCAAUAUCUGGCUCGGGGGUCUAAACUGUCCCUUAAAUUGCUCCUGCAUGACGAAUUCGUCGAAUAAUCUUCUCUUCGCUACGUUGCUUUGUUGUGUUCUAUGUUUAUGCAGUUUCAUGUUCUGUUAUACGUCUACACUCUUAACGGCAACAGUUUGAAAAUAUUGAUGACUUAAUUCGGUCGGAACGAAUUUUAAUACCUUUUCUCUUGCUGGCCCCUUGUUAGCUGUCCCCCUGGUAUGCUUCGCCCAUGAGAUGGAACGCAUCGGGUUUAUAGUCCGCAGGAUUUGGAGGGAGUAUAAUCAAAAGCUUAUUGAAGUCUCAAAACUGACCAAUACCAAUCUUCUCCUAACAAUAUCAAUACGUAAUGAAAAGAAGAGGUUAGGAGAAUUAUCAAAAUGGUCACCAAAGAGAAAAUGCAUUGAUCUUUUAUCAAAUUCUCUAUGAAAGAAUUCUUGAAGGAAAUGUAUGGAGAUCAGUUUGGGGAAUUUGUAUGAGGAUAUUUUUGGGGGGGGGGGGGGGCAUGAAGGGUUAACCUUAUUUGGUGAGAACUAAACUACGAAUUGAACCCUGAGCCGUUUGAAGUUUGUAUUCCACUGAGUGACUACGACCAGGCCUCAGUUGUUCAAAAGCUUGAUGGCGCUAUCCAUCGGAUAAAUCACUAUCUAGUGGUUAAGUAUUAGGGCGACCAAUUGCACUAUCCAGCUUUUCAACAACUGGGAACAGAUAUUUAAUUUCUUCUUUGCAGAUUCAGCUCAAGGCAUUACAAACAUUAGAGUCGGUGUUUCAGUGCAGAGAGCGCAGUGUUGCUUUUCCCUUUAUCAACGCUUUAGCCCCUCAUGUUGUGAUGAUUUUAAAUAACAUGUGCGUGGACAAGCCAACAAGGGAGGAUCAGUUGACAGUGACCUUAGAAGCCAUCAAAAUAAUGGAGAUUUUAGUGGAUCUAACAGAGGACCAUCUAAGUAUGUUUUUUUGUUUUCUUAUUCAUUUUUUCAAAAUUUCAGAUCGUUGUCGAUAUUCUAGGCUAGUCGAUAAUCCAUUAGACCUUUAUUUGGUCAUCGUACUCAAAUAUACUGGCACAAUGGGUCCUGUGAAUGAUUCACAGUUCACGCUAGUUAUGAGGAGUAUCUAAGAUCUACUUAUGGUGAUAGGGCUUUUUCCGCAGCUGCUCCUAGGUUAUGGAAUCAAUUGCCCCCUGAACACAGGGGUGUUGUUUCAACUCAGUUCAUACUUAUUUAAAUUAGUACGAAACAUUUGAAUUUUGUCUUAUGUUAGUUUUUAACUCUAGUUUCUUACCAUAUUAUUGUACAGCGCUUUGAGCAAUUAGUGGAUACCGCGCUAUAUAAGUGUCUUUUAUUAUUACUAUUAUUAUUACUGCUUUGCUUGUCAUUGUUUUAAUUUAGUAGUGACUAAUACUUUUGAAACAGAUUGCACUAUACUGGCUGUUCAAAAUAGUAUUAUGUUAUUUACAGUAGAUUGUAGAAUAGAAAUGCAAUAAAUAAUAGUUAAAAGGAUUAUUUUUUUUAUCAAGGUCUUAUGGAAGGCAGCAUUGACGUUGUUUAAGUAAACUAGUAACAAUAACAGUAAACAUACCAUCCAAAUUCAGAUACAGAAACACACGCAUAAAAGAACCUGUAAUGUUCUGCUUUAGGCAUGAUUGCGUAGUGAAAAAUCAGCCUGGAGAGAUUCUAAGAAGGUCUCUACAUGACCCCCCUCCGUCUUGAUUUGCCAAAAUUUAACCUCAAAAUUUGUCAGUAGUCUUGUAGGAACGGAAUUAUCCGUUUUGGUUUUCCAAGUAUAACUGUAUGAUUACGUUAUGGUUCAGUGAUGUCAUAUGCGAGUUUCCCCAUGUCAAUCAACUUAAGAGCUUCGUAAGACAACCAAUCAUCACUGUUCCUAAUUUCAGUGAGCCAAUAAAGAAACAUGACAUCAUCGGUCUAGAAAAAACUCCAAACCUGAAAAACCGGUUAUGCAAGGCGCAUCACAAAAAUAAAACAAGGCGUCAACUAACCUAAAUAAAGUAUAUAUUUAUGACGUCAACAGCAUUAAUGUAUUUUGAGAUGCCAGCGAAAAAUACCGAUUGCUUGGUCCCGGUUGUACUGCUCUAUUUCACAUGGCAUUAUCUCGCGUGAAAUCGAUUAAGAGUGUUCAUCAGGGCUGUAACGUUAACACUCUUGUUACAGAUUAAAGUUCCUUUACAUCUCUGAGAGGAAACCACGUCUUUUUUCCUGAAAGGUUCAAAGUAAUAUCUUAACUUUAUAUGUUUCCACUUGCAUGAAUUUUACUUCUUUUCUCGCUACAAGAAAACAUUGAUUCUAUCUUGCUCUUUUAUUUCAGAAGUGCACAUGCUGGGCUUACUUGUUCCAAUCCUGGUUGCGUUACUGUUGGACAGUACAAGCCUUCCGAAAGGAAGCAAAAUAGCUAAGACCCUUCACGAACAGGGCUUACAGAAACUUAUGAAAAUUGGCCCCAAGUAUCCAGACCCCUUCAGGACAGUCAUGACCUCGUCACCAGAUCUCAAGCCACGCUUGGAAGCUGCAGUGCGAGCCAAUCAGACUUUGGUCAAGCCUAAACAGCCUGCAGUACAACCUAAAGUGGCUCCUGCUAAACCAUCAAUCAAGCUACGCAUGGACUUUAGUAAUUAUAAAUAGUACCCAAGCGUUUAAUCCUGGAAUUUAAACCGAAAUAAUUAUUUCACGGAAUCACACCAGACUGCAACAAUUAAAAUACGUUGAAUAAUCUUUCAAUUAUAGCUAAAGUUCACUGUAACUGGACUUUGGUUUCGCACCUUGUUGGUUGAGAAGCAGCGGUCGGUAACCAAUCACAAAUUGUAGUUAUGCUCAAGGAUCGAGAGAUUGCUUC